UAUCUUGGAUAUGUUUCCACACCUGUGUUCAUAUGAAAGAUUGGUGAUUCGUCAAAUGUUUGAGAGAUUGUAUCCUAACAGAACAGAAGGUCUCAAAAUCGAGGAUGUCUUCUCUCAGUGUCUAUCUUAUUCACCGUCCAGAUUCUCUAGAGUAGAAGAUGAUCACAUUCGAGGAUGCUUGAGAAUAAUUUCUCAUAUGCCAAUUCGCGGACAAAAAAGAACGCUGGUAGGCUGUCCAACUGUAGGCGAAGAACAUUCGGCUUCAAUUUUAAUUCGUUGGAUUGGGGAGUGCUUAGAUACAUACAUGGCAUCCCCCGCAACUGAUUCCAAACUACACAUGGUGUGCGUAGCAAGCCCGAUGAAAAGAGGAAAUUAUGCCGUCAUUUGUGAGAAAAAAGUUAUAUUCGAGACUAACAAUUCUAUUCAUGCAGUGGAAAUUUUAUUCAAAUGCCACGCAGUUCUCGGAGUGGAGGUGCCACCUAAUUUUAGAAUGUUUUGGGACUUUCUGGCAUGUGCCAUAUAUAAUAUAAUUCCGCACAGUCAGAGGACAACUGUGAAUAGACUCGUCCAAACUUUUAUUGAAGUUUCCCGCGCACGUAUUGACAACAAAUAAAAGGACAACUUUUUUAUACAAUACUUACUAAAAACCAUAAAAUUUAAUAAACAGAAGUUUCUUUAAUUAUUAUUGUAAAAAUAUUCCAUAAGAAAAGAAAGACUGCAUUGUGUUGUAUCCAAAACAAAAUUUUGACGGCCAAUUUCUUCACUGGAUGUAAACCGGUUUAGUUCCAGUUCAAAUGCAACAAUCGAUCAUGAACCAAUUUAAAUAGGAAUCGGUUGUUGCAUUUCUUCUUACAGAAACCAUUCAGAAUUGCAAGUCAUAAUCCGGAUGGCUCCAGUCAGUAUUCCGGCUCCAGUGA